AUGGUGCUAUUUAAACAAAUCUCGUGUCUAUUAUGUGUGAUAUUUUUUCUAUUGAUUGAUUACUGCUUUGCUCGAUUAAGUGAUGCCACAUUUGAUUGCUUAAUAGGACCUAAUUUUUGGUGUUUAAAUGACACCACUGAAUUAUUAUGUGAUAUGAAUAAUAAAUCCAUAGGCCUAUGUGGUUACACAAAUAAACGUUGUAAAAUUGAAACAGGUGACGAUUUUUGUAAAUCAAAAUCUCCAGAUCAAGAACAAUCACCAUUUGAAUUUAAUGGUGGCUUGACAGGUGUUAAUGACAAUUAUUUUUCAUAUUAUAUUCUUAGUCUCUAUUGGCCACCUUCAACUUGUCCGUUGAUCUAUAAUGAAACUAAUAAUUUACUAAGUUAUUUUUGUUCACCACAUACUAAUGUCGGCGAACCAGGUCGCGAACGCUUAGCAUUACAUGGUCUGUGGCCAACAUUUUCCACAAGUGGCAAUUAUCAAGGCUGGCCACAAUUUUGUUCAUCAACAUAUAAAGAUUGGUCAUAUUGUCAUAUAGAUGGAAAUUUAUGUCCAUGGACAAAUACAACAGGACAUGGUUUUACGCAAGCUCAUUAUGAAUAUUGUUUAUCAAGAGAAAAUAUUCAACAAUGUCUUGUUGAUGCAACUGAAGUUCUUGAACCUGAACAAGAGCGUUUGAAAAUUUUAGCACCUGGAUAUUUAAAUCAAUUUAAUUUAUUUAUUAAUCAUGAAUGGACAAAACAUGGUUCAUGUUGUUCGGGAACAUUCGAUAACAAUAUAUCUCAUUAUUUAACAGCUAUGCUCGAUUUAACUGAUACGGUUACACGACCUGGUAGUUUGAUUUAUGAGUACAUACAACGUUAUGCCGGAGAAAAAAUUGGUUUAACUUAUCUUAUAUCGAUGCUUAAUCAAACGUCAAUAAUUAAUUGUAAUUCAAAAUGUGAACUUGAAGAACUUCAAAUAUGCAUUGAUCGUGAUCAAAAUACAGGUCUACCGAAUAAGUUAAUACCGUGUCCCUUGGGUGCACGAAACACAAGUGAUUCAUGUAGAAAAGCUCGAUGUGAAUAUGUUUCAAUUCCACUAAGAAAUAGAUUGGAAUUGAAUAUUAUCAAUCAAGAUUAUGUUCCUAAAAUAUGGACAAUAUUGAUUCGUGUUAUUUUUGUAUUGCUAGUUUUAAAAUUGGUUUUAGUUUCUUUUGGUGGUUCUUAUAACAUUUUUUUCCUUCCUUCUAGUCAGUUAUAUUGA